AUCAUCUGCUCCACAACUUCCAAUUAGUAUACAGCCUGCAAUUUUUCAAUGGUGAAGUGACACUUAUUUUAAAAUGGAGGCUAGGGACCUAAGAUGGAGUUCAUGGCAUUUUUCCAGUAUUGGGGGACGGGGAGCAUGCUGAGCACUGUGGCUGAUGCUGCUGGGUCAAAUCCUGCAGGUGGGCUGAGCACCCUCUGUUCAACUGACGCUGCCCCCAGCUUUGUGCCCUGUGUGCCUGUCAUGCUCGCCCUGCCCUAGUUACAGCCCUGUCAGAGGUCUUGUUGCUAGGUGAGAAGAUCAUGUGGUUUAAUGUGAAUUGAUUAGGUUCCUGUGGGCCUGAAGGAGAUGAAACCUCUGGGGAUGAUGAUCUUACCUAUGCCAUGGUAGAUGGCCUGAGCAGGGAUUAUCAAGAUACAGGGUUCACAAAACCUUGUGUGCUAUAUGUAUGGUACUGUACAUGUAUGUCCAGAAUGAGCUGGUCCCUUAGUGAAUGGUCUGAAGAGUGCACCAAAUCCGAACUAGACUUGUUCCAAAUAGCCCCUAUGCAGACCAGCAUUGAGAAAAGCAUCUACAUUGAGGUGCCGCCUCUAUCGGCCGUUACGGAGUCUGCCCCCAUUGACCUUUUUAUAGCAGGGAAUGGCAUAGAUUAUAUGGAUUUAAACAACACGCUGCUGUACCUGUGUUGCAAGAUUGUAAAAGGAGACGGAACUGAACUCGCCGUGGAUGCCGAGGUGGGUCUGGUAAAUUACCCCGUGGCCUCUGUUUUCAGUCAGUUGGAUGUUACACUGGGAAACUGCCUCAUAAGCCAAAAGCAACAACUGUAACCCUUAAAGGGCCUUUAUAGAAUCGGUGCUAAUUUACAGCAAUGACAUCCUCGCCACACAAUUUUCCACUGACCUGUUUACAAAGACACUGUCGGACAGCACAAAGAAACAGAGUUGGAUGGAGGGAAUCUAGGGUUUGUGAGGUGUGCAAAGCUGACAGCCCAGAGCAGAACGGUAGAGCUGCUGGGUCAUCUACCCAGCAGCCUGUUUUUUCAAGAAAAACUUUUGUUGAACUGAGUGGAUGUGAAAAUUAAACUGACUUGCAGUAAAGACGCUUUCUGUUUAAUGGGCAGUGCGGUUGAAGGCUUUAAACUGUGCAUUAUAUCAGCGUCCCUUUUUGUGAAGAAAGUACGGGUGGCCCCGAGUGUCCGUCUGGGGCACACGGAAGUCCUGCUUACCGAUAAUGCUAAAUACUCCGUGGGCCGUGUGGGAAUGAAAGUGUUUAGCAUCCCCGCGGGCAGCAGAGUCAGUAACCAGGAGAACCUGUUCUUGGGACAGUUACCCAAAAUGCUUGUCCUAGGGUUUGUGGAUAAUGAUGCCUUUCGCAGAAGUUACGCUAAAAAUCCCUUUCAUUUUAAACAUUACAAUAUUAAUUUUGUGGCCUUGUAUGUGGAUGGUGAACAGAUACCAACCAAGCCUCUGCAACCAGACUUCGAGGCAGGACACUGCGUGAGAGAAUACAUGAAUUUGGUACAGACGGCUGGUAAACACAUGAAAGAUCGUUCUCUGUUAAUUGACCGUGAGGAGUUUGCACAGGGUUACACCUCGUUUGCCUUUGACCUGUCUCCCGACCAGGAAUGCGCCAAUCACUACUCCCUGAUUAAAACCGGGAACCUGAGAGCAGAAAUACGUUUUGGGAAGGCUUUAACGGUCACCGUCAAUAUGAUUGUGUAUGGGGUUUUUGACUAUGUCAUAGAGAUAAUCAGAGGAGAAAUGUUCUGUUUGACUAUAUAUGAAUGUGGACACCGUGCAGCUUUCAUGUAUCUUAUCAACGGAUCCUUACACGAAAAAGAAUUUCUUAGAUGCGUUCCCUUGCAAUUGGCUCCUUGGAGGAAAGCUGUCUCAGAGACCCCUAGGUCUGGUGGUGAACACGCAUCCACACAACCAACCAGGUGAACACUGGCUCGCCUUGUAUCUGGCGGAGCGUAACCGUGGAGAGUGUUUUGAUUCAUAUGGGCACCCCCCAAACAGUGUGGUGUUUCCUAAAAGCAUUAUGAAAUUUUUAAACAAAAACGCCACAGACGUGUUUCACAAUAGACAAUUACAAGACCCCCACUCCGUCAUCUGUGGCUAUCACUGCCUGUCUUUCUUACAUCAUCGUAGCAAAGGUUUAUCUUUUGACUGGAUUUUAAAAUUGUAUUCUAACGACUUAGUGAAAAACGACCGGAUGGUGAUGAAUUUUGUAAAAAGUAAAUUUAAAUUCUUGAGCAUGCCUAACCUUACUCAAAACAUGUUUCAACAAGCCCAGACAUGUAUCUUGCAAUGAUUUGCAUAGCCAUG